UAAUAAUAAAAAAAAAAUGAUAUAUUAAAGAAGAAGGCAAAGAAAGUGAGGUGUAAUGAACGUGGCAAACGGCGGAGAAGUAGUGGGGCAGGCGGCGGAGGGGGGCGGAGGAGAAGAGGGGAACAGGGCGGCGAGGCUGCCUCGAUGGAGUAGGCAAGAGAUUCUGGUGCUAAUUCAAGGGAAGAGAGUGGCGGAGAGCAGGGUUAGGAGGGGAAGGGCGGCGGGGGGUCUAGGGCAGGGGCAGGGGCUGGUGCAGGUGGAGUCAAAGUGGGCGUCGGUGUCGUCGUACUGCAAGAGGCACGGGGUGAACAGGGGACCUGUUCAGUGCAGGAAGAGGUGGAGCAAUUUGGCAGGAGACUACAAGAAGAUCAAAGAAUGGGAAUCGCAGAUAACAAGGGAAGACACGACGGAGUCCUUCUGGGUGAUGAGGAACGAUUUGAGGAGAGAGAGGAAGUUGCCCGGAUUCUUUGACAGAGAGGUCUACGAUAUUCUCGACAAUGGGACCUCACCCUCUUCUUCUGUUACUCCCACGCCUUUGCUUUUCCCUCUUGCUCCACCAUCUCAGCCUCAGCCUCAGGACGAGGACGAUCAUCUUAAUAAUAAUCAGCAGGACGACGAGGCUGUGUUUGAUAGUGGCCGGAAUGGCUUGUUUUCAGAUUUUGCGCAGUCGGCUCAAGAGGAGGCUGCUGGCAGCCCCGAAAAGGAGUUUACCAAGACUCUACCUGCUCCUGGUCCAGUUCCAAUUCCAAUUCCAAUUUCAGAGAAACAAUACCAACCAUUUUCUCAAGGUGCAACCCAUGGGACGCAACAAACCUCAAACCCCGAGGUGGGAGCUACUACUUCUCAUGAAGGACGUAAGCGGAGACGAUUUGGUGCGGAUGGAGAUGAGGAAACAAACACUUUGCAGUGUCAGUUGAUUGAAGUUUUAGAAAAGAACGGGAAAAUGUUGUGUGCACAACUCGAAGCUCAGAACACCAAUUUUCAAUUGGAUAGGGAGCAGCGAAAAGAUCACACAGGUAGUUUAGUUACUGUUCUUAAUAAGCUGGCGGAUGCUUUGGGAAGAAUCGCUGAUAAGUUAUAGGAAAAAGAUGAUGAGCCAUCAAAACAAAGUGUAUAUAGCAACAAAAGUUAUAUCAGAGCUCAAUAGCUUGUAGGGAGGCUGAAGGAUUUAGUCAUUAUAUAAUUUAUGUCAGGAUCACAUUCAGAUGACUUUUCACAUUAUUUUUUUGUCCUCUUUUAGUUUAAUCUACUUUUCUUUUUUUUUCUCUCUCCUUUUUUUUCUCCCCCCCCCCCCCCCCCUUUUUGUGGUUUAUUGCCAUUAUAGGGUGGUAGUAAAGAGAAUAAAUCAUGGAAAUUUGAGAGUUACCAGCUUUUAUUGAUGUCAAGGUUCUACUGUACAGAUUAUUGAUAUCAUAGAGCAAUUUUAUUCGAGCUA